AUGCCACCAAUUCCAAUCUACGCCGAUGCGCCCAUCUCGGCAGCCAAAGCAGAUGGCGUAACUCCCCACACGGCACCUCCUCCCGCUCGCACGACCGAUCUACCAGCGACUACGACUUCCGCUACUACGACUAACAGCUAUCCAGCUGCUCAACCUGGUGCUGCAGCUGGCCCGGCACCCACAGGCAGUGUUUCAAGACAAGCCCCACCACCACCUACAAGCACAAUCUCUACAAAACUCCAGAACGAUGGACCACCACCUCCCCAGCCCGGAGCCGUACCCACCCCGUUCGCUCACUCCAAUGGUUACAACCCCAACAGCCCGGCCGCACCAAGAGCACAACCAAUGCCACACCAGAUCAACAUCCCACCACCCACCACAAGCGCCCUACCCACCCACUCCACAGUCGCAGCAUCUCCAGCCUCACCUACACGUCGCCCAGUGACGCUGCCCAUAGGCCCUGUAUCACCCACCAUGCACAGCCGACCCCAGAGCAUCUCGUCCCACCCACCGGGCUACCAACAAAACCCCUACGCCGCUGAAAUGACCUCUGCCCAGCGCGCUAGCCUCGAAGCCGCAGAGGCAGCAGAAAGAGGCCGCAGGUCCGGUCGCAACAGCAUCAGCGAGUGGAUUUCUGGCGAAGACGAUGGUUUCGGCAGCCCGAGUACCGGCAGCACUGCGACGGCGUGGUUCAAGGGCGUGGCUUCUCAGGCGAGUCAAUGGGCCAACAAGGCCAACGAGAUGGCUAGCAAGAAGCUUGGAUAG